AUUUUUUAUGAUACUGAAGUUAACCGUCAGCUAUCAAGUCUAACGAUGUACGGCCACAGUUUCGGGUGGUUCGGAUACUCGCUGGUCAGCAUCGCAGCUGUGAUUGGAGCCUUCUCAGGGGCUAUUGUCUUCGCAAUGUGCUUGAAACGACGGAAUUUCCCUGGAAAUAGGCCGCUCAAUUGGUUCGAGAAGGACCUGUUGGACCGCGCCAAAGAGGCCACUACAUCCAAACAGAAUUUUAUUGAGCUGGGCAAUGUCGCAAGUGCUGCAGCCGGCGAUUCCGCCGGUCUGCCGGACUUUGGGGACAGCCUUUGCGAGGAAUUAGAGUGGACUAGACGCGACCCGCCGUAUGAUACUAGUAUUUUGGACUCGCGCGAAGUAAUUCAAAGACUAUCCGAAAGAGAUGAUGAACCUAGAAGUCCAGUGAGUCCAAUAGCACCACCAUUACCAGGUGGUGCACUAGUAGCUAGUGAUGAGCGGAUGCAAUCUUCCUGGUCAUCAUCAUCUUCACUGGAUGAAGUUGGAGGUGACCUACAAUUAAGCUUGACGUUUGAUUCAACAGCCGGUGUUUUAACAGUGAAACUCAUUGAGGCACACGAUCUACGAGCCAGGGAAUUAAGCGGAAACGCAGAUCCGUACGCUAAGAUACGUUUGCUGCCAGACCGAAGCAAUACGUGGCAGACAAAAGUUCACAGGUGUACCUUGAACCCUGUGUUUGAUGAAGAGUUCACCUUUGAAGUUUCUUCUUUAAAUGGGACAACUCUUGAAGUACUUUUGUAUGACUUUGACCCAGCAUCCAAGCAUCGCGCACUUGGUUACGUACGUUUACCAUUGCCACUUAAUAAUGGCGAGUUCCUGGGUCUAAAACCAGUUGAAGUAACUAGACCAAUACACAGGUACGGCGCAGAAGGUAGUGUUUAUCGAUCUGAUCCACUUGGCGAGCUUAUGGUAUCUCUCUGCUAUGAUGCUAAUGCUAACAAAUUAACGGUAAUCGUCAUACGGGCAAUUAAUCUCUCAAUUACUGAGGAUUCUGGUAAUCAGAAUUACGAUACUUAUGUAAAGGUAACAAUAUUCAAAGACGGAAAAAGCUUGAAGAAAAAACGGACAGUAAUCUGCCGUGACCCAAGCCCAGUAUGGAAUGACGUCUUAAACUUCGAUCUCGGUAGUGAUAUCCUAUCAAGUUGUAUUUUAGAAUUUACAAUUGUAAGAACAAGCGGCGAGCUACUAGCCCGAUGUGAAGUAUCUAAAAAAUGUCAAAGAGAAUUUUUCCACCGAGUUUUAUCAGGUAAAGGUGCUUCUGUUCAAAAGGUCCCACUUACUGGUCCCGAUAAACGUACAGAUUCUUCAUAA